AUAGCAAGUGACUCUGGGCAAGUCACUUGACCCCAAUUGCCUCACCAAAAAAAGACCCCCCAAAUUCUAACAGUAGAUACCUUUAAAGAAUCAUGAUUAUAGCUACUAGAUCUUUGAGGGUCUGUGAUUUCAUUGGCAUGGAUACUCUUUUUCUCCACUGAUAAGCUCUUUCAAAAUUAAAGAGGUUGGCCUCCAACGGCAGUAAUCCUCUAUCAAAAGCCAUACCUCUGAAACCUUUCCUUCUAGCUUAGCCAGUUUGGGCUGAUAUUGCCUGUGAGAAGCCUGGGUCACCUUCCACCCCAAGACAAAGCACCGGAGUCUUUUAGUGGAGAUGGGUCUGACACAGUCCCUGAAUGACAAAUGUUGUGAUGGAGCCACGAGUGGGUCACAUGUAAGAAACAUUGUUGAGGGCUGCUAUUUAUAACUGCUAUUUGCCUUACCAGCUGUUAAAUUCUCAGAAGUCAGCUGUACCCCCAAAUCAACCCUGUAAUUGGCAAGGCAGGAAAGUAAACUGAUAACAGCAUACUGAUUCUUAGAAAAAUUUCCCCGGGUGCUAUGAGAAAUACUAUCAUCCCACAGCUGAGUAAAUUAAAAAAGAAAAUUUCCUUUGGGAACAAACAAAACAAUGAACUUGGACCCAACGCACCCAAUGUAUCCGUCAAAAAGGGUACAAAAAAAAAAAAGCAGAGAAAAUAGGGGUGAAAUCAGGGAGAGGAACUGUGGCAUGACUCUCUUUCCAGGGGCCAGACGUGAGGGUUAAUAAAAGAGGGAAGGGUCCCCAGGGGCGCAGUCCAACACGAAUCUGUCCUAUUGCUCACGCCCCGUGACUGCCCAGACGUCACUCACUGGGCAGAGACUCAGAAGGGGCGGGGACGAAGACGAAGUCACGUGGGUGCAGCCGGCGAGACAAGGAAAGAAGCUGGUUUGAACGGGACAGGAGAGUACUCCUACGGCUGUCACGCUCCCAGAAACAACAUCCCCCAGCAUGCAGCGCAGCAACGACCGCCAGACCUUUAGGUUCCACGGGGCGUGUUGCAGGAUGGGAUUGGGAAAUUACGCCUCUGACAGACCGGAACGGAUGCGGGGUGGUGAGGAGUAGGGGUCGAUUGGUCCGUCCGGAUUGGUAAGUGAGGAGGCCCCGCCCACAGAUGGUGACGACAACGGUCCCAGUACAUAAGGCGUUGUGGCCCCUGACCGCCCCGCCUUAGCUCCCGCGCUAGAGAGAAACAUGUAUCGAUUUCGCUCACAGCUCUUCACGGGGAUUUCUGCUGCCGCCAUCGCCCACUCUUCCCCUCGCCGUUUCUCGCCUUUGUUGUUAGCCGAAGAUUUAUCGCUUAGCCACCCGCCGCACAGACGCACGAGUAAAAAGUGCAGCUCCAUCGGCUGAUCCUCGCUGUGCUUCCACCUCCAGGCGGCACCGGGCGUCCCACGAUGCCGAAGAAUAAGAAGCGGAACACUCCCCACCGCGGCGGCGGCGCAGGAGCAGCAGCGGCGGCGGCAGCAGGUGGCCAACAUCGAAAUGUGCAGCCAUUUAGUGAUGAAGAUGCAUCAAUUGAGACUAUGAGCCAUUGCAGUGGUUUCAGUGAUCCUGCUAGCUUUACUGAGGAUGGGCCAGAAGUCCUUGAUGAGGAAGGAACUCAGGAAGAUUUGGAAUACAAACUGAAGGGAUUAAUUGACCUAACAUUUGACAAGAGUGCAAAGACAAGGCAGGCUGCUCUUGAAGGCAUUAAAAAUGCAAUGGCUUCUAAAAUUCUUUAUGAAUUUAUUCUGGAAAGAAGAAUAACAUUAACAGACAGCAUUGAACGCUGCUUAAAAAAAGGAAAAAGUGAUGAACAAUGUGCAGCUGCAGGACUGGCAUGUAUUCUUUGUGUACAGCUGGGGCCUGGAAUUGAAAGUGAAGAGGUUUUAAAGACCCUUGGACCUAUUCUAAAGAAAAUAAUUUGUGAUGGAACAGCUAGUAUCCAGGCUAGACAGGCUUGUGCAACUUGCUUUGGAGUUUGCUGUUUUAUUGCCACAGAUGACAUUACUGAGUUAUAUUCAACUAUGGAAUGUUUGGAAAAUAUCUUCACCAAGUCAUAUCACAAAGAGAAAGACACUAAUGGCAUCUGCAGCACCCCUAAUACAGUGCUUCAUAUCAGCUCUCUUUUAGUGUGGACAUUGUUAUUGACUAUCUGCCCAAUCAGUGAAGUGAAGAAAAAGAUUGAGAUGCAUUUACACAAACUUCCGAGCCUGCUCUCUUGUGAUGAUGUAAACAUGAGAAUUGCUGCUGGUGAAACUUUGGCUCUUCUUUUUGAACUUGCAAGAGAAACUGAUAAUGAUUUUUAUCAUGAAGACAUGGAAUCACUGACUCAGAAGCUCAGAGCUUUGGCUACAGAUGGGAAUAAACACAGAGCCAAAGUUGAUAAAAGGAAGCAGCGGUCAGUCUUCAGAGAUGUUCUAAGAGCCGUGGAGGAGCGUGAUUUUCCAACAGAAACUGUUAAAUUUGGACCUGAACGUAUGUAUAUUGAUUGCUGGGUCAAAAAACAAACUUAUGAUGCUUUUAAGGAGAUUCUGGGAACAGGGAUGCAGUAUCAUCUACAGUCAAAUGAAUUUCUUCGGAAUGUAUUUGAGCUUGGACCACCAGUGAUGCUUGAUGCUGCAGCUCUUAAAACAAUGAAAAUUUCGCGUUUUGAAAGGCAUUUAUAUAACUCUGCAGCAUUUAAAGCUCGAACAAAAGCUAGAAGUAAAUGCCGUGACAAGAGAGCAGAUGUUGGAGAAUUCUUCUAGAUUUCUGUUAUUUGAAGACAACUACUCAUUUCUUAAUUCAAGAUCUUUUCUAUAAUUUCCAAAGUAUUUAACAAUUUUUAUCAUGGGGGUGGGGGGACAGAGUGAACGUAUAACUUGGAUAAAUUUUGUAAUGGGGCCUGAAUUCCUUAAAACAUUUAUUAAUACUGUAUAACAUUUAUUAAUGCAGUAUUGCAAAUGAGGGUAAUUAUUGAAGCUUCUUUGUAUAUAGAAUUAGUAAACUUUUAAUAAAGUUUUUGUAAUAUUUGAUCAGAAUCCAUUUAUGAAGCAGGGCAAAAAUUCUUAUGGUUCAUCUCAGAUAAUUCCUUGAAUGAAAAUGGCAUGUUAUAAAUUGUACAAAGUUACACACACACAUAUCUUAGACUCUUUGGUUUCCAGAAAUGUUAAUUGACUAUUACCAAUCCAAAUCUCUACCCCUUCAGGUUUAUAAAUUUCUGCUGUAAGGUAGAAAAAUAGUGACCUAAUUCUGAAAGUUUCUUAGUUACUUAAAAAGCUGCUAUAUUUGCCCUUUAAAUGGAACUUGAUAAUUGUAAUUGUUCAGUUGGCAGACUGGACUUAACAAGGAAUUCUGUUGCACAAUAUGUGCAGACUUUCAGCUACACAAAGGCAUUAGACGUUGCUCUUGGUAUUAAUGAAAUGUUAUAUGCCAUAUCACUUAUUAAACAUCUUUAAAAGCAAUAACACUGAUUUUAUCUCCUGUGUAAGACCAUGUGUUCAUUGCUUUAAAAUAAAGAUCUUUUCUCAUUAA